CAAACUUCAUGUUAAUAAGUGAAGUGCAUUUCGUAAGUUCUGUUAUUUUGUGCGCGUCCCUGUUUAUCUAGAAAAUGGAGAUAUUUUGGUAAAGUUUUACCGAUUUUUCAUAAACAGAAAAAUAUAACUGAAAUAAGUUAUGUUAUGAGCUUGUGUUUUAUACUAUCUAUAACUUUUUUAAAGUGCAAAGACUGAUCUACCUCAAUCUUAUUAUCCAACGUUAUUUGGUAGACAGGUAACAAAAUGUCUGAAAUAGUGUAUCCUCCAGGAUGUCGUCCAAUUAGUGACGACUUAAAUACAGACGAAUUAAUCCGUCGGUUAAAAACACUCGCACAUACUUUACAAGCUAUGGGACAAGACGAUGGAGCUUAUAAGCAAUACAUUCCAUUGUCCCUUCACCUUGCAGAAGAGCAGUUUUUAUCUCACACUUCAAGAGAUGUUCAAUUACUAAUAGCAUGUUGUAUUGCAGACGUCUUGAGAGUAUAUGCUCCUGAAGCACCAUAUAAAGAUCCUGAACAAGUGAAAACAAUUUUUCUCUUUUUAAUUACUCAGUUAUCUGGACUGAAAGAUCCCAAAGAUGCUGCUUUUAAGAGAUAUUUUUAUUUGCUGGAGAAUUUGGCAUAUGUGAAGUCAUUUAACAUGUGUUUUGAACUUCAAGAUUGCCAAGAAAUAUUCUGCGCUCUUUUUCAAUUGAUGUUUCGAAUUGUCAAUGAUGAACAUUCUGGACGAGUUAAAAGUUUCAUGUUAGAUGUACUGUGCCCUCUAAUAUCGGAAAGUGACAUGGUCAGCAAUGACCUUUUAGAUAUUAUUUUAAUAAAUAUAGUUGAACCUAACAAAACGCAACAUAAAAAUGCGUACUUUCUGGCCAAAGAGCUAAUAAUCAAAACCUCGGAUACACUUGAGCCUUACAUUCAAGCAUUCUUCAAUCAUGUUUUAAUUUUGGGCAAAGAGGAUAAAAAUUUACAAAUUUGUGGUAAGGUAUAUGAUUUGAUUUAUGAAUUAAAUCAUAUAAGGCCUCAGAUUUUAUUAGCCGUAUUACCACAGCUAGAAUGUAAAUUGAAAAGUCCUCUGGAAAGUGACAGAUUAGCUGCUGUUGCCCUUUUAGCUAAAAUGUUCAGCGAAAAAGACUCUGAGCUUGCGCGUCGACACACUGCAUUAUGGAGGGCAUUUUUAGGAAGAUUCAAUGACAUUUCUAUUGCAAUUAGAACAAAAUGUGUACAAUAUUCCAUGCACUUUCUCCUAAACCAUCCUAGUUUAAGAAAAGAUAUCACAGAGACUUUGAAAAUGAGACAACACGACUCUGAAGAAAAUGUGCGGUAUCAAGUAGUAAUGGCUAUCGUUACGACAGCGAAAAACGAUUUUCAAGUUGUGUCAGAUUCUGAAGAUCUUUUAGAAUUUGUUAAAGAAAGAACUUUGGAUAAAAAAUUCAAAAUAAGAAAAGAGGCCAUGUCUGGCCUAGCGCUCAUUUACAAAAAACAUCUCAGCGAUCCCGAUGUACCUAAUGCAACAAAAAAAGCCGUCACCUGGAUUAAAGAUAAAAUUCUACAUGGUUAUUAUAUGGCCGGCAUGGAAGAUCGAUUAUUAGUAGAACGUUUAUUGAAUACUUGUCUUGUUCCUUAUCAACUUCCUGCUGCAGAGAGAAUGAAGAAAUUAUACCAUCUUCUUGGCACGGUAGAUGAUCAUGCAACUAAAGCAUUCUUAGAAUUACAGAAGAACCAAUUAUGUGUCAGAAAAUUGGUUCAAGAAUAUUUGGAAUUACAUAGGCGAUUUGCAAACGGUUCAAAUGAAGUUUUGAAAGAAUUGGCGAUAAAAGUACAGAAUUUAUCCAGGUGUUUACCAGAGCCAGUUAAAGCUCAUGAAUAUUUAACAAAAUUUAGUAAUCAUCUGAAAAGAGAUCAAUUUCUGAUGGAACAAUUUGAUAUAGUAGUGAAGCCCUCUGUGAGCUGUAAAGAAUGUUCUGAAGCAACAGCAGCAGUAUUAAGAAAACUUGGUCCACCAGUUAUGACAAACUUAUAUUACAACACAGUUAAAAUGUUGCUUGAGAGAAUAAGUUCUGUAAUGAUCGACCACGAAGCAAUUAAACUAUUAGUAGGAUAUGUUGAGGACUGUUUAAAAGGUGGAAAUAGUAUAGAAGAAAUUGGAUUGAACCCUGCGACAGCUGGAGAUAGGGGCAUAAAGUUGCUGGUUAUGUUGAGUGUAGUAUUUCCCUCCCAUUUUCAAUAUAGCGAUGUUUUGGAGCAACUGUUAGAAUUAUUGAAGUUAGAUGAUGAGAAUGUUGCUCCUUUAGUACUAUCUGUAUUCACUUUCCUGGGAAAAUAUAAAUGUUUAUCUGAACAAUUUCCUGAAAUCAUGAAUCAGUUAGCACCAAUAUGUAAAGAGUUUGCACAAACUGGAACACCCAAGCAAGCUAAAGGGGCAAUACAAUGUAUCUACAAGAACAUGCCAGAUAUGUAUGAUACUCUAUUUUCUAGCAUUUUGGAAUCUAUUAAAAACAAUCUUACACCUGAAUCUCUCAACUACAGAACUGCAAUAGUUACUCUUGGACAUAUCGCCUUCAAUAUACCAGAUCGAUAUAAGGUGCAAAUAAAGAAUAUAGUCUCUAGAAAGAUUGUUAAAGAGCUUCUAGUAAAGGAAGGUCGAGAAACAGAAGUUGACACUGACGGUGAUUCUUGGUGUUCUGAAGACGAAUUACCUGAAGAAACAAGAUGCAAAGUGGAAGGCUUGAAAGCAAUGGCAAGGUGGCUGUUGGGUCUUAAACAAGAUACGGCUUCUGCUCAAAAAACUUUCAGAAUGUUGAAUGCAUUUAUAUUACACAAAGGUGAUCUUUUACAAUCAGGACGGUUGUCAAAAGCUGAAAUGUCUUGGUUAAGACUAGCUGCAGGUUGUGCAAUGCUGAAAGUUUGCGAACAAAAAGGCGUCGGGGAUCAGUACACAGCCGAACAAUUCUACAAUUUAUCUCAACUUAUGACGGAUGAAGUUAAGCAAGUUCGAGAAAUAUUUGCCACUAAAUUACAUAAAGGUUUAAAUAAAGGAUUGCCAAACAAAUGUCUGCCUUUGGAUUUUAUGGGUUAUUAUGCACUCGCCGGAAGAGAACCAGAAAACCGUCUACGAACGACCAUCAGGAAUUACAUGAUUGCUGACAUUAAUAGACGUAGGGACUAUGUAAAAACAUUGACAAUGGGUACAGGACAAGCAGAUAAAGCACUAAGUCAACUGCCUCAUAUAUUGCCAGAUUAUAUGCUCGUUUUUGCUGUACCAAUUUUGGCACAUGAUCCACAUUUAACCAAAUGGGAUGAUGUACAAGAACUCAUGAAAGCGAAACAGUGUCUUUGGUUCAUUUUAGAACCACUAGUUAAAAGUGAUUACUUUAGUUAUGGAUUUUACAAAAAUUUGAUAGAAAAAAUGAAAAAUCAUAAAGAUGCUGUUAGGCCUGAUGAUGACUCUAUUAAUUAUAAAAUAUGGGCCCUUUGUGACCUAGCAUCCGGCCUCCUACUUACCCGAUCAACAAACUACGACAUCAAAGAUUUUAUAAGUGAGACGCGCAUUCCAUUGAUGUAUUUUGUACCACAACCGGAUUUCUUCAAUACCAGGGUUUUUCUCCCUCCAGAACUCCAAUAUCAACCUAAUUUGAAAACCGGCAUUACCCUAAAUAUGCUCAAUACCGAAAGGCAGAAAAAACCUAAACCUAAAAAACCGGAAGGUUGUGGUCCUCUUGGUACAGAUGUUCAACCCUCGGAAGCAUCUGAGACAAAAAUUCAACUACCUGGUCUGGAAGAAGAUAUCGAUGAGCCACCAGCAAAAAGGCUAAGGGAAAGAAUGAAAGUGGAUCUCGACAAGUGAGUGUGUGUAUAUAAGACAAAACUACAGAGUGUGUGAUCUCCACAAAAUGAAAAUCAUCAGGACUCUUCAGUGCUUUUCUUUUGCAAUUAGAAUCAUUUAAUUUGUAAUUAAAAGUUAAGAAUAAGGAUUUUCUAUCUACUUAUUAUCAAAGCGGUUCGAAAAAUCGGCACUUCUGGACAUUUUUUAUCGUGAACCUUUUUUUCAAGUUAAAAUUACUGUUCUAAUGAGAAUCAUCAAAAAUUUUCUACAUAAUGGUAUGUUUUGUUUAGAACAAUGUAAACAGCAUAUUAGUAUACAACAUGGGUUUCAAGGUAACCAAAAAGAUAAUUUUUUUUAUGAAUGUAUUAUGGAAUAUACUUUUGGACACAAUUUUAUCCAAUAUGUCCAGCACCUUACGCCUCAUAUUAUUUAACAUUUCCUAAACCAACUUAUCAUCUCCAAUGACCACAGGUAAAUUUAAGUUCAUGUUGGUGUAGCAGUGAAAAAUGUCUUAGUUUUUUAAAAGACAUCUGUUGCUUUAAGUAAGGGUUUAAUAAUUGAUUGUAGCUUUGAAAAUGUGUAAUUUCUGGAUUGAAACAUACCAAACAUUGUCUUCGUUAUCUUUGGUUGUGCUUUAUGGAAAUCAGCUACAAUUUUGCUCACACGUUUACUCGCACAGUCCCACAAGUUUAUGUUGUAUGUCCAAUUUUGUACUCUAUUACUACUUCUAUUUGUCACUAGAUAAAUUAUCAUGAUUUAUCCAGCUUUUUUCAGUGUCUUAAUAAAAUUUUUCAGUUAAAUAGUCCCUUUACCUAUAGUUCAAUUGACUUUGUUUUAUAAGUUGGAAUCUCUGGAAGUAUUAAUGAUAUCCAUCACCUCUACAUUUGUUUAUCUUGUAUGUCCAAUUUUGUAUUCUAUUACUACUUCUUUGUCACUAGACAAAUCUAUUAUGGUUUGUUGCUUUCCUGAUGAGAUUUUUCCUACCUAUAGUUCAAUUGAUUCUGAUUCUUACUUAAUUUUAAAUUUGAAAAUGUAUAUUGCUGUACUUUCUUCACUAUUAUCCAAAUGGGAUUCAUCAUCAUGCUGUUUAAUCUCUUGGAUUAUGGCUAGCGCUUGGGGCACCUACAUUCUCAUAUCUCAAUUCUUUUCUGUUUUUUGAUUUGGCUUUCUAGUCUACUAUUCCUAGGAUGCUAGUAUCUUUUUCAAUUUGGUUUCUCCAGGUAUUUCUUGGUCUGCCUCUGCCUCUUAGUCAAAGAUCCAUUGUGUUAUCUUUCCUGUAGGUUUCUUUCUUAUUAUAUCCUGACCAAUUCAGUCUUAGUGCUUCUACAUACUUUAUUAUAUUUUUUCCUCCCAGUUCUUCAUCUAUUUCUCCAUUUUUCUUCAAUCUUAUCUCUCCAUCUCCUAUAAUAUGUGGUCCAAGUAUAGUUCUCAUUAUUUUCUUCUCGAUUAUCUUCAGGUCUUCUUAGUUAUUAUUUGACAGUUGUUUCCAUGGCGUACGCAAUCAAUAUUCUUAUUAAUGUUUUAUAUAUUUUGUUCUUUUUACUAAUAUUCUUGAUUUUGAGUAACUUUUUAUUUUUUCCAAAUGUUUAAUAUGCUUUUUCUAUUCUCUCUCUUAUUAUUUCUUUAGACGUUUGUCCUAUUGUUAUUCCUAGAUAAUUGAAAGAUGAUACAGUUUCAAAUACGUAUGUCUGUGUCUUUAGGUGGUCCAUUCCUCUUUCAUCUUGUUUUACUAUCUUCAUGUAUUUGCUUUUUUCUUGGGAUGAGAUGGGAUUACUCCUGUAAAAAGGUCCCUUUACCUUACUUUAGGUCCAUUGACUCAUUUCUAAGUUAGCAUUUCUGAAAACUUUCAUGAUACCCAUUACCACUACACUUUACAUUAACCGACGUGCAUUUCUUUCACCAAGUUAUUCUCUUCAGCGCCUAAUGACAAAUUCAAUUGUUGUCUUUGAAUAUAUUAAUGAUUGUUUCAUCUGGAAAAUCAACGAAUAUCUGGAGAAUCUUUAGUUGUUAUUUAUGUUAAGUAAUUAUAAAGUUAUAAAAAUAUAAUAUAAAUUAAAAAUUUAUACCAUACGUCCAAAUUAGAGAUUUUUAAGUACAGUAGAAGUCCGAUAAUCCGGCACGUUCGGGACCGUCUCGGUGCCGGACUACCGAAAAUUCCGGUCUAUCGGGGGGUAAAUAUAAGAACAAUUAGGUUAAUAAUAAACUAAGAAUACAGUAUGCAAAUACAUACAACAAAGUUUAUUUUACAUUUCAUAUAAUGUAUGUACACGUACUGUAAAACAUAUUUCACUUAGAUUUAAAAAAGUCACGAAUGUUUUUUUGUUUUCUUGACUUUUGGCGUUUAGUAUAAAAUUUAUUUCUAAUGAUAUUGAAAUCAAUAAUUUCUGAAGCACUGUAGCUAGUACUAGCCUCAGCAAAAGAGAUAAACUUAUUUAGUGAUUCUGCCCAGCUGAUUUUUUCCUUUUCUUCCAUUUUGGCAUCUGAGUCAUUUUCUUCAAGAUUUUGAGUAUGCUGAGGGUUUACUAAAAUGUUGAUAAUGUCCUCAUCGGUUAGUUCUUGUUCAACAGGCUCAUUGUGUGUUGUAUUUUUUACCUAGUUCCAAGACUGUGCAAUAUCAUAGACUGCAUCUUUUACUGUAAACUUUUUUUGAAAAUCUUUUAACAGGCCUUGAAUAAAAGACCUUCUUUAAAAGCAUUUAAAAUUUUGAAUAACCCCUUGGUCCAUGGGUUGAAUCAAAGAUGUUACGUUAGGUGGGAGCAGAGUAGCAACAAUAUUUCCAGAAACUAACUCAUCUACUGGCGGAUGGGAUUCACAAUUGCCCAAAAGAAGGAUGGCUUUAGUAUCUUCUGGUAGACCAAGGCUUUUGAAGGAUUCCUUGCCUUCAGGCACAAAGUGGUGAAAAAAGCAGUCUUUAAAGAGGGCGGCUGUUAUCCACGCAUUUGAUUGAGCAUCGUAUUGGACAGGCAAGUGUGUAACAUUCUUAAAAACCCUGGGUUUUGCAGAUUUACCUAUCACAAUAGGGGUCACUCGGUGGUUUCCAGACGCAUUAGCACAUAGCAAAACGGUUAAUCUGUCUUUUUUUUUUUAAACCCUUGGCUGCUUUUUUUCCUCCCCCAGCUAGUGUAGAUGUUGGUAAACAUCGUCACACUAGCCUUGUUUCAUCAGCAUUGUAAAUCUGUUCAGGUGAUAAAUCAUUAUCAGCCACGAUUUUCUCAAACUCGUCUUUGUAUUUUUCUGCAGAGUUUUGGUUUGCUGAAAGGGUUUCUCCAGUUACAUCAAGUCUUCGAAUUCCAUGCCGAAACUUAAAGUUUCUGAGCCAAUCAUCAGAAUAAUUAGAUUCACUUUCAGCAACUCCUAAAUCUUAGCCGAAUUUCUUUACCUUUUCAACAAUCAUUGGCCCUGUUACCGGCUUUCCUUCAGAACGUACUGCACUAAACCAUUUGAACGAUACACUAUCUAGCUGUUCCAGUUUUGGUUUUUUUAAUGUUUGUGUAGAAGCCAAUUUUUCAGUUGUUACCAAUUGAGAAGCAAACUUCAUUAGUUCAUCUUUUUGUUUUUUAAUGUCAUAAAUAGUUGAUGAGCCAAUAUUAAACUCAUUCAUUAAAACAUUUCUAUUCUCGCCUUUUUCUAGCCGUUUGAUGAUUUCUAGUUUCUGAUUGAGAAUAAGUGUUACGUGUUUUCGUUUCUCUCCUUAUGAACUCGAAGGCUUAGGUUUUGAAAACAUGGUCACUGUACAGUUAGAACAAAAAUCACUUUUUUUAUAAACAGUUUCAAAAGUUACGUUUACUGCGAUGUGAAAGAACACAAAACAACAACGUACAAAAAAAUGGCGAAGACGCUUCGUGAUUGAUUAACGGAGCUGCACUACACGGUGUAGUCUACACCUGAAUUUGUUGUGACAGCUGAGACUAGCCGGCCGCUAAUUGUUUCCGAACAACACCGAGCGCUUCCGGAUGAUCUCGAACUACCCCGAAAACUUCCGAAUAGUUCUCGAGCGGUUUUAUUUGCUUUAAAGACACACUUUUAGGGAAAACCAAAAUUUUUACAAUUUUCCGGAGCGAUGCCGGACUGUUGGAUGCCGAACUAAUGGACUUCUACUGUAAUACCGUAACUAUUGCCCAAUAACUAUUUUUUUUUCGCAGCUUCUCUUUCUCCACUGAUUUUGUGAUGUUAUUCUUUGGAAGUGUUGAAAAGAUAUGCUUUUUUAUUUUGAUUGAUUGAAAAUUUUUCGAUAAUUAGAGAAUAGUAUAUUUUUCUUCUAGGUAGAAUUAACGUUAUAUCACCGAUUUAAGUAUAUAUAUUACAUAAAGAUAUCUGUAUUUUAACUAUUUCUAUUAUGCCAGAAGUGUACAUGUUUUCCGAAUCCCAAUUUUGUACAUUUAGUCAAUAAUUCUUAGAAUUGAUAUGUAUCCUUACAUCAUUUUUUCAUGGGCUAUUUACUUUGCUAAAUUAAGUAACUUACAUGACGAAUAGGUUUUAUCUAGUUAGAAUUGGUUUUCACUAAAUGUCUAUAGUCAAUAUAUGAGUUGAUAAUGGAAUUAUGACUGGCAACUGGUUUGAAGCUAAUUGUAUAGUGGAUCCCAUCGAACUGGUUCAAGAUGAAAUGAGCAGAGUGGGAGAUAGAUUCAAUCUAUUGUGAAGGAGACAUAUUUUAAAAUUUGAAGACUUGCAAACAACAAAAACUAAUUAUUACAAUGGAUUUACACAUCCUGCAUUAGUUUUCAAGUAUUGACUUGCUGGACAGGGGACGUAGUUAGAAUAAUUGUAGCAAGAGUUUGGGGAUACAGAAUAAAAUAUUUGUUUUCUCAGUGGGAAAAAUAAAUUUUCAAACAAUCCCUGAUUUGUACUGGAAUGUGUAACUAAUUUGACACUCAGCUUGUUGUAUUAAAGAUUUUAUGAGAUAUUUUUAUUUCUAUUAUUAAUUAGGACCAUAAAUAUACAUUUGGCAUAAUGUUGAGGUAUUUGUCUUUGUCAUAAUAUUGAAACCCUAUAUAUCAAAGGAAUCCAUUUAUAAACCAAUUACUUUCUGUAUUUGCUUUCAAAUUGUGCGCUGACAUGGUGGUAAAAUAUUGAUUUAUGUAUAUUUGUAUGAAUUUUUAUGAUUAUUAAAAAAGUAACUAUUCUAUGUAGAAAAAUAUAUUAGUAAAUGGCCUAUGAAAUAUCGUCGGUGCGAAAGAUUUUUGAAUUUUAACUAAUAAGUAAAAAUUGAACCGGAUUUUUCACAAGAGAAAUUAUUUUUAUAAAUGGGCGAUUUUUUGGUAAAACGAGUCAAGUUGUGUUUAAUUUAUCGUUUUCCUUCUCGUUUAAUUGUUUUAUUUAUAAACGCGAAGAAAAUUGUAAGUUGUAAGUAUAAAAUAUAAUUUAGUGAAAA